UCCACUGAGAAAAGCUUUAAGUUCCUUAUGACAUCAUAGUACCUAGUCUGAAAUACGCCCACAGCUGGUGAGAUCACCAGCUUACAACUACUCUGGCACUCAGGACUACAGUGUGGCCUCGUUGACUAAAUGCCAUGAUAGAGGGGUUACUUUGCUCAAAAUACACCCAAGGCAAUACAGUAUGAACUUUCAAGGCCACUUGCUGCUGGAUCUCUGGCUGCACUUGGUAUGUGGAAACUAAAUCUCUGGAGUCUUUUCUGCUUAAAAAACAAGACAAUGCUUAUUAGAAGUUUCUUCCUGGGUUUUUCUCUCUGGGCUGUCUUCUUGUUCCAGAACGGCCUUUGCAUCUGUGAUCGCCCAAACUGGAGGAGAGUUGGCACGGAUAUUCUUCCAGAGGAUUUGAAACAAAUGGAGCUUGGAAUACAGUUUAUGUCUACUUGCCUGCCCUACCCUUUGGACCAACUGUCUUUUUACUUUACCAGCCUGGAAAUAACCAAAGAAUGCCUGGAUAUCCUGUGUAUUAGCUGCAAAGUGGUUCUUUACCUCCUGUGCUCCUUAUCUGUAUGUUAUCUUUGGAUCAAAUGGAGGAGACAUCAAAGGAGUGAUGUGAUGCCCAAAGUAGUAAGUCAGACCUCCACAGUUUCGGUUGGAACAGAAUUCCAUAGUGAACACACCUCCAAUGUGGACGAAAUGCUGUGGAGAUUGGUGGCAAAUACAUCCAUGAUGCUGAAAUACCUGAAGCAUGUCUGCCACCAUGAGAGUAAAGCAGCCCCACCACUCAAUAAAAAGAGAAAGGUGAAAGAAACCAAGGUUGAUGAAGAAAUCGUCACUACUUGUCCGUAUGACCACUGCUCCAAUGUGGAUACUGUGAUGCAGGAAAUGUAAUGGGAAGAAGGGCCCCUCCUUCUCUAAAAAUCAUAUUUUUGUGCUCUGAUAAUUAUUUUCCAUAUUCUUUACGAAGAUCUUCUUAAGAAAGUCAGUAGUAUUGCCAAGUAGAAAUCAAUGGCUGUGUGUUUGAACUGCUCAUCUAAUGAUGACAAAUGUAAAGUUGAAUUCCAUCAUGAAAGAGUGGAGCAGGAGGAGGGGAAACUAAAUGGCCUAAUUAAAAACAAAUGUUUGAAAACUCUGGGGAGGGUGGCUUGAAUUUGGAGCAUCAAUGAAAUAACAUUGUUUUUGGCAGGAAAGGUCCUCAUUAUCCCCUACACUCCAACAG